UGAAGGCAAGGCCCCAAGGGCCCAGCCAUUCUCAACAAACGGCACUCAUAUCGCACUCCAUAGGUUAGUUGGUCAGCGCAUAUCCACCCUCCCUUUUGUCUCUGUCUUCUGCCUCCAUCCCCUUUUGUCUUCUCAUAACUGUUUUUUUCCACCAAUUCUCCCCAACCAAAGCUCUUUCCCUCUCCCUCUGAGAGACAGGAGAAACCAUGGAACGACGCCGUCGCCGGAAACAAGACAAGCUCACCACUAGUCACUCUCAAGAGGUGAGUAGUGUUGAAUGGGAGUUCAUUAACAUGAGUGCACAAGAAGAAGAUCUCAUUUUCAGGAUGCAUAGGCUUGUAGGAGAAAGGUGGGAUUUGAUAGCUGGGCGAAUUCCAGGAAGGAAAGCAGAGGAAAUAGAGAGGUUUUGGAUUAUGAGAACUGGUGAGGCUUUUGCAAAGAAAAGAAAACUGCAAAAGAUUGACAACUUGAAAAUCCUCAGUCACUGACUUUUCCAGUGGCUUUGAUUGUGUAAUUCAACAUGUACAACAACUAGCCUAAAAACUUAAUUUCCUUCAAAAUCUCGGCGUUUCUUAUCUUUCCUACUAUGCAGAAACUAUUCAAAAAGUGGCAUUCACUCAUGUUCUCUGUUUA